AUGUCAUCCUACAACCCACAGACAGAACUGUGGCUUGAACGAUCUCGUCUUGAUGGAAUGGUGUUAGCGGGUGUAUCUUACGGCAUAUACUUUCUCCUUACAGUCCAAGCCUGGAUCGCUCUUAUGCAGCGGCCUCGAUAUGGGGGUAAAAUUGCGGGCCAUCGUCGCGUGCUUCUUUUUUACAUCUUCAUCACGUUCGUGCUGGAGACGAUAAGCUUUGCUGCGAAUGCAAGAUAUACGGAGAUGAUUUGGAUAGAUCUUCGUGAUACGCCUGGCGGUCCGCUUACGCUAAUCGAAAACGAAAUGGCUUAUAGUAUUAAUGUUGUGGCUCUUUCCACUGGUCACAUCCAGGAGUGGUUUAUGCAAGCUCUACUUCUUCACCGAUGUUUUGUGAUAUGGAAUUGGGCAAGAUCCGUGGUGAUCCCGAUGAUCACACUCUAUAUUGCCAUGAUCGUAAUGUCUAUUCUCGUACAAAUCAAGGCGAGCACCGGUGCUGUACUUUACAAUAUCAACUUCUUGCUUGCCUACCUCUGCAUGGAGGUGGGACUUACUGUAAUUUAUACCAUUCUCGUGGCGAAUCGUUUACUUGCCAUGCGAAGCCAGAUGAGGCACGUCCUAGCUCAGUAUGAUUCUAAUACCUAUGCUACCAUCGUCCUCAUGGUCAUCGAGUCCGCCGUGUUAUACUCUGUCUUCGCUAUUAUUUUUAUAGUUGCCUUUGCUCUGCAUUCUAAUGGUGUCUCUACUCUAUGCUUCCUGUCUAUUGGCCAAGUCCAGGGCAUUGCCCAAUUGUUCAUCAUCAUUCGUGUUGCACGAGGGCGGGCAGUGACACGCGAGUGGUCGACUCAAAUUACUGCAGCACCUACGACACUAGUAUUCUCAGGAACUGUGUCGAACGCAACAGUUGGAAUCAACGAUGAACUAAUAGCUAUGCCACAGCAGGACAUUGUUCAACUGUGUUUUGCUUCUACGAAGGCGGCAGAAGUAGAUGUGUAG